GACGGACACGUGGAGGUGGCUCGCUUGCUUUUAGACAGCGGUGCUCAAGUGAACAUGCCCGCGGAUUCGUUUGAGUCUCCGCUCACUCUGGCUGCUUGCGGUGGCCACGUGGAGUUAGCGGCUCUUCUGAUCGAGAGGGGAGCGAACCUGGAGGAGGUGAAUGAUGAAGGGUACACUCCUCUCAUGGAAGCUGCCCGGGAAGGUCACGAGGAGAUGGUAGCCUUGCUACUGGCGCAAGGGGCAAAUAUAAAUGCACAGACAGAAGAAACGCAGGAAACGGCUCUUACCUUGGCGUGUUGUGGAGGGUUUUCUGAAGUAGCCGACUUCCUUAUUAAGGCAGGAGCUGAUAUAGAACUUGGUUGCUCAACGCCGCUGAUGGAAGCUGCUCAAGAGGGUCAUCUCGAAUUGGUGAAAUACUUGCUGGCGGCAGGAGCGAACGUUCACGCCACCACAGCGACAGGAGACACAGCCCUGACCUACGCCUGUGAAAAUGGACACACUGACGUUGCUGACGUGUUGCUUCAAGCCGGUGCGGACUUGGAGCACGAAUCCGAAGGUGGGAGAACCCCGUUAAUGAAGGCUGCGCGAGCUGGUCAUUUGUGCACUGUGCAAUUCCUUAUAAGCAAAGGUGCCAACGUUAACAGGGCCACAGCUAACAAUGACCACACCGUGGUGUCGCUGGCGUGUGCGGGAGGUCACCUGGCCGUUGUUGAGCUCCUUCUGGCUCACGGGGCAGAUCCUACUCAUCGGCUCAAGGAUGGCUCAACAAUGCUCAUUGAAGCCGCCAAAGGAGGACACACAAAUGUUGUUUCUUACUUGCUGGAUUACCCGAACAACGUUUUGUCGGUUCCUGCGGCAGACUUGUCUCAGCUCACGCCUCCAUCUCAGGAUCAGUCUCAGGUCCCACGCGUACCGGUGCAUACGCUGGCUAUGGUCGUACCUCCCCAGGAACCCGACAGAACCCCCCAAGAGAACUCGCCACCUCUCCUGGGAGUGGUGAAAG